UAAUGGGCUGAGGGGUUGGGAUAAAGGCUGUUACUUCCUCUCUUCAAGUCAGCUAGGUCCCUGUAGUGCUCCGGAUAUCAGUGGUGACUUGUCUGCUCUAACACACAGCAUGUGGCAGCUGCUACUACCAACAGCUCUGCUGCUUCUGGUUUCAGCUGGCACUCAAGCCGCAGAUCUCCCAAAGGCUGUGGUGCUCCUAGAUCCUCAGUGGGACCGGGUACUCCAGGAUGACACUGUGACUCUGAAGUGUCAGGGGGACUACGCUCUUGGAGACAGUUCCACAAAGUGGUGGCACAAUGGGAGCUUCAUCUCAAACCAGGCCUCCAGUUUCACCAUAGAAGCCAAAGUUGAAGACAGUGGAGAAUACAAGUGUCAGACAGGCCUCUCUGCACUCAGUGACCCAGUGCACCUGGAAGUCCACGUAGACUGGCUGUUGCUCCAAGCCCCUCAGAGGGUGGUCAAGGAGGGGGAGCCCAUUUGGCUGAGAUGCCACAGCUGGAAGAACCGUCCUGUACACAAGGUCCAAUAUUUCCAGAAUGGCAGAGGGCAGAUGUUUUAUCAUUGGAAUUCUUACUUCAACAUUUCAAAAGCAACACUUGAACACAGUGGCUCCUACUUCUGCAGGGGGCUUAUCGGGAAUAAAAAUGAGUCCUCAAAGGCUGUGGACAUCACUGUUAAAGGUCUAGAAAAUCCACUAUUCUUUCCACCUUGGCACCAAAUCGCUCUCUGCCUGUUGUUGGGACUCCUGUUUGCGGUGGAUACAGGGCUGUAUUUCUCUGUGCAGAGAGACCUUCGAAGCUCAAAGAAGGACUGUAGGGGUGCCAAAGUCACAUGGAGCCAAGGUUCUCAGGACAAAUGAGAGAAAUAAAAGCAGCAACUCUAAACCUCGUUCCAAAUUAUGUAGCACCAUCAUUCCCAACAGGUAUCUCUGGGAGCAGCAGGAAAAUGACACAUCAGAGUCUAGGCUGAGGGUCCUUUAUCCAAUUCUGUUUUCUCUUGAUCUCCUAUAGAAAGGAAGGGCUGUGAUCUUUAAGUGCCAACAGUGAAACCCCAGUAAGUAGCUGCAUUACCAGGAAUAGAAGUCUCAGGGCUACAUGGAUAUUUUCUCUAUCCCAACCAUUCCAUCACAGCAAAGGAACAAAAGACAGACACUUGAAAGUGACCCUUGAUAUACAAAUAUUGUUCUUAAAUAAAUGGAUAAGCAGAUAAGAGAAUUAGUGGUUGAGACCCAGCUGGAUAGUGAUCUGCAUCUGUUGUUGCAGGGUUGGUUGCCUUCAAGGCCCUGUAAAACUCCUUCUAGACAGACUGUGAGUACUGCUGGGGAUCUGAGGAGACAGCAGAACCAAUGAAGGAGACUAUAUUUCGAUAAUAAUCAUAAUAAAAAAGAACCAAUGAAGGAGGUGGCUGAAAAAGUCCAGGGUAGUCCCGGACAGACCAGAGGAGACCCCCAUCUGGGUUGUAUUCCUAGAACAUGAGCCAUGGUGAAGGUAAAAGAAAAUCACAGAGGUGAUGCAGAAGUGAGUUUUUCAGGGGAGCCCCUGUCAGAAUUGGGAUGAUCUGCAAGUAUAUAAUGAUAAACCCUCUUAAUGUCAUGAGUAGGAAUGGUCCUAGGAAGGGGGAUAGGAGUCGGAGGAUUUAGAAAAGAAAGCACAGAAUAAACCCUUAGGAAGGAGAGUAACAUUACCGUCCCAGAUUAAGCUCAGGGAAGAGAGCUAUUUCAGCGUCCAAACUGAGAAAGCAUAAAAAAGUCAGCCACAACUGAACAGGAAGAAAUGGGCAGGAGCUGAGGAUGCAUUUCUUGGCCACAAUAGUGAGAACUAGAGAAAGUAGGGGCAGGAACUAUAAAACCAGCUUUUCCGUUUCAGUAUCUAAUUCAGAUGUAGCUUUGUUCACAUCAUCUGUUAAACAAAUGUUGGAUAACCAGUAUUAAAUAUACCAACCUCUACUGAGUUAAAUUAUGAAUCUUCGAAAUCCAUCAGCAUGUCAGUAACAAGGGAGUGGAGGUGGAGAAGGCAAUCACUGUUUAUGCAAGAAAGCUUUAGCUAUCUCUCUGUUUUAGAAGAAACAGAACAUUUCAACAGAACAUUUCUUGAUUCCAGUAAAGCAUUUUACAAGACCCUGCAUGCUACUCUUAGGGAGAAAAUGGAAAAGUCAUGAUGAUAAAACAUGAAUUAUAUCCUUUUUCCCUCCCAUUGUCUUUUCAAAAUUCUGUCAGGGAUUAGCUUGGGUUCAUGAAACCUCACCCUACCCCCUCCGCAAUCAUCUCACCACAAUUCAUAUGAAUUAGCUUGCUGAAUUAUCAAAUUUUGCUGGGACAACUGGGCAAAGGGGAACUUUUAUAGGAGGGUGAAUGGGAAUUAGAAGUAGUUUUAAAGCAUGGAGCGGGUAAGAGAAGGCACAGGUAGGAAGGAGAUAGGGCCUGGGCAGAGGUUUAGGGUCAGCCUAAUUGUGUCAACUAUGAGCUUUAUGCCAAGAUAAUUCAAGCUUGGUAUGUGAACAUUAGAUGAGAUUCCGACAUGAGACAAGGGCAUUUGGAAACAUUGAACAUUCGACUCAUAUUUAUUUAGUACUUACAAUGUGCCGAGCUUGAGUUUAGGUGCUGGAGAUAUCAAGAUGAACAACACAGGCUUACUCCCUGGAGGAAGUUCUAUUUUAGUAAUUUAAAAAAAAAAAAAACAAAAACAAAAACAACAACAUAAAUGAGAGAAUGAAGAAAGGGCUGCAGAAAAAGAGUCUUAAUUUUU